UAUUUAUAUUUACUAUGGGGGAAUUCUUGGUCUGGGUUAAAAUUAACCUGGACCAUACUGUGAAUGUAUUAAAUAUAAGCAGUAUGUAAGGGUUAAAACUAUUUUAGUUCACUUGCAGCAGCAUGUAGGCAACUAGUGAAACUGCUUUUUUCAAACUGACAAAUAACUCAUGCAUCAUGUGUUCUUUGGAGCUCUCCACACCUCCCUGUGUUUGCGAUAAAAACCCUGGCCGGUAUCAUCCUGUUCAAAUUGCUUCAUUCAUCUAGCCUGACAUCAACUCUGUUCAUCUCGUGAGAGUUUGCAUCCAACAAAGAUUCUGUGUUCUGUUCCACUUUUUUCCUCUUCAGUUUCUUGUGUAUUUCAGCCUAAAGGGUAUCAGAGACCUACCAUUCUGGAAAUGGCUGAAAUCGAGGAAGUAAUUGAAGGAGUUGAAGAAGCUAUUGAUGGAGCCGAAGAGGGGAUUGAAGAAUUACCCGAAGAAAUUAGAGAGGAAGUAGAAGCUGAAAUAGCUGAAGCCCGGGUUGAGGUUUCACGGUUUUCCAGAGUUACAGAAACUUUAAAAUCCUUCCUUGAGAUGGUGACAACUAGCAUACCGAAGGUAGCUAGGUUUGUUGGCAAGAAUGUAGCCAUCGGUGCUAUCUUGUGGGGAGUAAAUACUGGUCUCGACAAACUAGCACAGCAUCACCAAACCACUGAUGUAAAGAAGAAACGUAAUGCCAUUAAAGCUCUGACCACUGUGAUCAAAACUGAGACUGAGUUGAGUCAGAAGGUCUUGGAUUGGAUGAAAGAGCACAAAGAUGACACCAUUGUACUUGAUGGGUUUGAGAUUCCUCUGGAAUCAGUCAUUGCAAAAUACAUGACUCCAAUAUCUGAGUCUGUUGAUGCAGCCUUCAAAAUCGCACAGAGGCUCCAGGACAAGCUUGAUGGAAAGACUGUCUUCAAUGUGCCAACAGGAGGAGACAUGAAAGACUUCCUUGUGGCUGGUGAUGCGUAUCUCAAAGGGUUCUCUGACCUGAUCCAGUUCAUCUCCACAAAUGUGUCCAAGUUCCCUGUGCUUGGAACAUUUCCAGUGAAACAGGCAGACGUUGACCAGCUUACGGAUCAAUUAAACGAAGCUAAAUCCUUACCUCUGUGGUAAAGAAAUCAGAUGCUGUCAGGCAAUCGUAACCUUACAACGACUAUCUAACGAUGUCAACAAACUGAACGUGCAUAAGGAGAUGAUAAAAUAUGCACAGCUGACAACUCUGCACAGAGGCAUCAUUCAUGUUGUGGCGACAUUUGAGUCUCUGACCAAAUACAAAGAAGAAAAGGGGGAGAAACUUCCCGUGUUGAAGUCUCUUCCUGUCAGCAUGAGUCAAGUGCAGGAAUGGAAGGAGGAACUUGGCUGCGAAGAUGAGGACACUCUGUCUCUUUUACAGAUCCACACCUACAAGUGAAUGUCUGUUUAGUGAAGCAACAGGGCACUUAUUUGCCUCAUGCCUUUUAGGCACAGCCUACAGAGAGAAGUAGUUGGUCAUUAUGAAUGAUUGUGUUUCCUCUUGAUUCUUCUAUGUAUAAUUAUGUGAACACAUUUAAACGGCUUCAUCUAAAAUAUUAGUAUUUUUGUUAAGACAACAGUUCUUUUCCUUUCUUUUUCUGUUCAUGCUACUUUGAUGUUGAUGACAAACUGUGAUUACCAUGACCAUGUGUCAGAGAGAAGAGAAACAUUUGAUGUGAUGU